UUAUGCUAAAACAAAGAAGGUUUUGCCAGCUGAAUCAUCAUCAUCCACAGUUUUUUGCUUGACCAAAAAUAUACAGAAACAGGAAUAGAUCACAGAGCACAAUUCUACUAUUGUUUUGAGAAAAUUAUUAGGGUUUUCCGUGUAGAAUCAUAGAAGAAAAAUCUCAGAAUGGGAACGCCAUGUUGUCAAGGCUUCAUAGCAUUUCUGCUGAAAUUCCUCAAUUUCUUACAAACCUUCAUUGGUGUCUCCAUUAUUAUUUACUCUGCUUAUAUGCUUAACCAUUGGCAACACCACAAUAACUUUCUUCCUCCUAAUCCUGACUCCGAAUUCUCCAAUUUUGGCUUAAUUAUGUUGAAUAAACAUUCGCUUACAGCUCCAUGGUUUAUAUAUGCAUUCAUGGGAAUUGGUGUAAUCUUAUGUUGUAUCACUUGUAUUGGGCAUGUUGGUGCUGAAGCUGUUAAUGGAUGUUUCCUUUGCUUUUACUCUCUUCUUAUGACGGCUUUUGUGCUCGUGGAAAUAGGUCUGGUUGUAUUUAUUGCACUUGAUCGUCAAUGGGAGAAGGAUCUUCCAAGGGACCCAACUGGAGAACUACACAGCCUGCGCACCUUUAUUGUACAAAAUAUGGAUGUUUGCAAGUGGAUUGGCAUUGCUGUCAUUAUAAUUCAGGCAUCCUCCUUACUUCUCGCAAUUGUUCUCAGAGCUUUGGUUAGUGAUCAUAGAAUAAGCCAUGAUAUGGAGGGAGAUUAUGAUGUUAUUGGAAGGACAAGGGAGCCACUGCUUGAUCCACGUUUAAGCCAAACAUCUGGUUUAGCUAAAGCAGAUGCGAAGGUUGGCCAUUCUGACAUCUGGAGUUCACGGAUGAGGGAAAAGUAUCAUUUGGAUGGAGAGGCUAGGCAUCAUACACCAAACCAAAACCCAUCAUGAGGACAAUCAAAAAACAGACGAUGCUGAAUCUCAUGGAGCAGAGAAACUGGCAACGUGCCUCCAGUAUGAAGAUUUGAUCUGUGAUUGUGUUCCAUAAUUUAGGAUCUUUCUUUUCUUUUCUGUUUAUUAUGUAAAAGCAGUGUACAUAUGUCUGCAGAAAGGAUACAGAUUUAGGUAUUGCAAAGCUAGAAUGUGGAGAAGUAUGUAUGUAUCUUGUUAAUAGGGCAUAUUUAAGUACAUUGUGUUGUUGCUUUUAUUGAGAAACUGACACUUCACCAGUUUGAACUUUUAGCAACAAUUGUGCAAGA